AUGACCGUGGACAACGCAGACGAUUGCCAGGCGACCUAUGCGCCGCCGACGAGCCUGAUGCGCGACAUAUUCCGGUCGGUGGACAGUUUGAUGCCGGUACCGUUCACCGGCUGUCGGCUCCACCUGCUGUCCAAGACCCCGAUGCUGGGGUGGCCGAUCACGACGGUGUUCAAGCUCAACACGGAUGGCCCCAAGCCGAGCGGACUGUGGAUGUCGGCCUUGUACGAAAUAUCCGAGUGGCGGGGCAUUAACGCGUCCGCCAUGACCGACUUGAACCCCAAGUCGGGCAAGUGGAACUUUGAAGCGAUCGGUCGGUUGGAGAUCGGCGGCAACAGGCUGGACGCGUCCCUGGCCGGACAGGUGUGCGGAUGGCUUAAUCCCGUCAAGUUUCUGGUCAACUUGGACUACUGGUUUCCGACCCGGACGCUGUCUUUGACCAUCGACCCGCUGUUUAGGCACUGUUCAUUCCAAAUCUUGCAAUCCGUGACAGAUCGGCUGUCGUUGGGCGUAAAUUUGGCGUACAAAAGGGACACCUCGUGCGGCCUUGACGAGUCUCAUUUACGGCCAAGCCUAGUGGCCAAGUACGCAGGGCCCUCUUACCUGGUCAGUGGUAGAGUAAGCACGACAAGCUGGGCAACCAAGCUGGCGUACUACCGCCAUUGCACAGAUUGGCUACAAACAGGCACCACGGUUGAUUUGGAUCCGGCCCAUUCGAUAGUCACUACCCGGUUGGCAUUUCGCAUUCUGUCAGACACGUCCGUGUUCCGGGCUGCCAUCGACACGAACGGCAUCGUCAGCAGCUUAUGGGAGAAACGGCUGGGCGAUCGGAUGGCCAUGUCGCUGAGCACAUUCCUAAACCACGCGGUGGAUAAUUACGGGGUGGGCAUCGGGCUGUCGUUCGAAUAA